GGGGCGGGCGGGGAGGUGGGGGGGGACGGUCUCCUCCCCCCGCAGCGUUGAGAAAUCUCAGUGAGUCACCGAGUGGUUCUGCAUAUUAAUGAGAGAGCUCGCUGCGAGGGCAGGAGCGGAUUUAAAAGAGGCCUGGGCGGGCGGAGGGAGGCUGUGGUGAGAGUUCCGAGCGCCGAGCGCAGCGCACAGCCUCCGCCGCCAGGCACCCACCGACGGGGAGCCGCGGGCGCCAGCGAGCCGGGAGGCGCGCUCCGGACCUCCAGGCGUGUGCGGGCCAGUGGCAGCGACGGGCGGGCGCCCUUCCGAGUCCCUGCUCCCGUGCCGCGCCCCUCCGGCCAGCAUGAGGUUCCUGACCGCCGCGCUGCUGCUGCUGCUCCUGGCGCUGUGCGCCGUGCGCGUGGACGGGUCCAAGUGCAAGUGCUCCCGGAAGGGGCCCAAGAUCCGUUACAGCGACGUGAAGAAGCUGGAAAUGAAGCCAAAGUACCCGCACUGCGAGGAGAAGAUGGUGAUCAUCACCACCAAGAGCGUGUCCAGGUACCGGGGUCAGGAGCACUGUCUGCACCCCAAGCUGCAGAGCACCAAGAGGUUCAUCAAGUGGUACAACGCCUGGAACGAGAAGCGCAGGGUCUACGAAGAAUAGGGUGGAGAAUCCCAGAUGGGCAAAUUUCACGGCGGUGAGAGGUGCACAAAGGACUUUGCCGAUUCUCAGAACAAACCAACCCUUUCUUUCUCACAGGCAUAAGACACACAUUACAUACUGUUACCAAGCACUUUUUACCGAGGGUCAGUUUUUACAUUUUAUAGCUGUGUGCAAAAGGCUUCCAGAUGUGAGACCCCCUUUCUCUCUUGCGCUCCAGACUUCAUCACAGGCUGUUUGGGACUGAAAAGGGGAAACUCAUGACUUUGUAAAAGAAAAAAAAAAAGACAGGAAAAAAAAAAAGACCACUUUUUAAAAAAAAUUUGUCCCGACAUUUGAGCUUUAUAAGCGUCUGGGAGGAAAGGGAGCUUUGGUCGAGACAUUUCAUAGCAGCGCUGUGCCCUUGCUCGUGGCGAAGCUGCCACACUAAGGUCCUGGCUCCCGGAGCAGCUGCCCCGAGCUCUCGGGGCCUCCACGUGGGUUGCAGUUCAGGGGGGAGCCAUUGAGGUCCCCACUGCCAUCGAGCAGACAGGACCAGAUCACUGCGUCCUGAGAAAUAAGUUUUCUGCCCCCCGGGGUUUAUUUUCUCACACGUUAGCAAACAGCUCCAAGAUCCCGUGAAGCAAGUGGCCUUUGGGAGGAGGCUGGGUCUUCUCCCCAGCCCGAGGCAUGGGAGUGGUGCUGGCUUCGGGACUUAGUGCUUCCAAAAAGCACAGGAGCACGGGGAGCCCCUACACCGCAAGGGAGAACCUUGGGAGAAAACGCAAACACGGUCGCACACAUAACGUGUCCACACAGACACCUUCUGAUGACAAGGGAGACAAACUUCCCCACCUGUUCCUUCCCUGUCACAAGGAACACGCAGCAUGAAACCGUCCACCCACCAUUCCCGCCGACUUCUCCCACACAGCAAGGCAGCCCUUCUGGGAGACCACGACGAGCCCCCGCCCUUCCCUUUGUACAUACAUACUAUCCCCGUAAGGAGCCCCCGCCCUGCCCCUGUAGCUUAUGCUGCCCUGUAUUGCCCUGUCAUAUGCCCCAGAGCCACCAGAGCCUGGGAGCUUUGCAUGCAGGUUUCAUAUUCUUUGUAAGACAAAAAUAAAGGUAAUAAAAAUAUAUUUGAAAUGCACCAAAA